GAUCGCCGGAUGCUGUGUCGCAUAACCUGUCUGACUUCACAGGUGUGGUUGUUUCUGCGGGUGCUGGACGCGGUGGAUAGCAGCAGGAUUGAAAUCUAUAAAGAUGGCUUCAGCAACAGCGACCUACGGGCAGAAGGAGUCCUCGGAUCAAAACUUUGACUACAUGUUCAAGAUCCUCAUCAUCGGCAACAGCAGCGUGGGAAAAACCUCCUUCUUGUUCCGCUAUGCCGACGACUCCUUCACGCCGGCCUUCGUCAGUACAGUGGGCAUAGACUUUAAGGUUAAGACCAUCUACAGGAACGACAAGAGGAUCAAAUUACAGAUCUGGGACACGGCAGGUCAGGAGCGUUACCGCACUAUCACCACGGCCUACUACAGAGGAGCCAUGGGCUUCAUCCUCAUGUACGACAUCACCAACGAGGAGUCCUUCAAUGCCGUCCAGGACUGGUCCACUCAGAUAAAGACAUACUCGUGGGACAACGCCCAGGUGCUGCUGGUCGGAAACAAGUGUGACAUGGAUGACGAGCGAGUGGUGAACGGAGACAGAGGCCGGCAGCUGUCUGAACACCUCGGUUUUGAAUUCUUUGAGGCCAGCGCCAAAGACAACAUCAACGUGAAGCAGACCUUUGAGCGCCUGGUUGACAUCAUCUGUGAAAAGAUGUCUGAGAGCCUUGACGCCGGAGAUCCCGCUGUCACAGGGGCCAAACAGGGGCCCCAGCUGACAGAGCAGCCUACUCCUCCUCGCCAGGACUGUGCAUGUUAAAGCUGAUCCCCCCCCCCCCCCCUAAAAAAAUCCUUUUGUCCCUUUUCCUCUUUUUUCAUCCUUCUGCUGGACCCCUGGGGCCUUGGGUCCAUCCUCCAUCACACUUCUUGCUCACUAUCCUGCUACCUUCUGUUCAUUAGUAAGGAUCAUUGGCUGCGGGGCACAAGACCCAGGAUGUAAAGAGUCUGAAAUGCUCUGAGAUAUCCCUGGAACAGUUCUUGAACUGUGUUUUGUUAAUAAGAAAGUUGAAAGGUGUCUUGUCUGAUGCCAAAGCUAGUUCAAUUAAACCAGAGUGUUUCAGACUCUAUGCAGCCCCUGGUUUUUGAAGGCCUUGUUCUGUUGUCUCUCUGGUCCUCAGUGUGGUUUGACAAGAAGGAUUUGACGGCGUCCAAGUGCCAUUUAAAUCCUUCCGAUGUUUACAAUACUUUGUUUCAUGUCAAAUGUCUUGAAAAGAUGUCAGCCUCAGUUUAUUGUGUCCAACAGAGCCGCAGGGGUUUCAGUUUCCUGUUCAAUUCUGGAUACACGCAGCAUCUAUCAUACAUAGAUCUGUGUUUCAUUUGUUGUCUCACCUGGUAUCUAAACAUAGAACAUUGUGUUUUAUUUUCUUAACCCAUCUCAGCGAUUUAUUUUGUCUUUUUAUGUUUUUACAUUUCUUUUUUAUAUACUAGUGCCCCAUUUAUUCUUUUCAUACAUUAAACACUGGUUAGGGGAAAUAUGAACAAGACAGAGCUAGGUUUAAAAAAAGCAAAAAACUAAGAGACACAUUUUAUUUAAUUAUAUUUAUUUCAAAUGUACGUAUAAAUGUUGUGCAAUAUAUAUAUAUAAUAUCUACAGGUAUGCAUAUCUGGAAAUGAAUUUGAAAAGGAAUGAAGUUCUAUGUGGAGAGUGAAAAGUAAAGAGGUAUGUGAUGCAAAGUCAGUAACCUCCUACUGAGGGGGGGAAGCAGUGGAGUGACCCUUAAAGUCUGUAUAACAAGUCGUAAGGUCACCCUAAAAAUCCAAUAAACUAAAAGGAAAGAUUUUAAAGAGGCUCUAAUAUGAUGGUUAAGUCCAAAUGUAAGCAAGGAUUUUUUUUGUGCAACACACGUGUAGUUUUGAUGCCAACAAUGCUACAUGUAAAUAUUAUAGUAUUAUACAGUUGGCAGAGGAAAUCCUACAGGUGUGUGCUUUUGUCUGAGCUGGAUGAACGCAAAGUCUUGAGGUUGAAUUAUGUUGUUGUAACAACUCGCAAUAUAUGACUUCACACUCCAACGCAGAAAACUUUUAGUCCUGCAGAAAUUAUCAUUCAAACAGAUGUUCAAUCUCCUACAAUGAGGAUACAUGUUGCUUUUUUAGACAAUUUCUAUGGUAGAUUGUCUUUUUCUGAUAGUUUGAGCCCUAGUUAAAGUAAACAUCAGGACAGAUGUAAAAAACUGAAGAGAACAAGUCAUUAAAAACCCAUGUUGAUUGAGACACACCCUCCUUUAUCUACGCUGCUUUCUAUCUGGUUUGCAGUAUUUAGAAUCAAAUCUUUGGAGUGCAAAUCAAAUCAUCUACCCCUCAUGAGUUUCAUGCACAUUUGAUGGAACUGGAAAGACUGGAGUGCAGUAAUGUUCGCCUCUUAACCUGAGAGAAUAUGCAAGAUCAAGCUACACUCUCUCGCUCUGUGAUUUAAUGUUCACAUGUUUUGUGGCAGUAACACCCAAUCAUCAGACCUCCUCAGAGACAGAAUAAUAGAUUAUGAUGUCGUCUGCCAUGCUCAGUCUUUGGGUGACAUGUGGAAAAGUCAUUUGGUUUCUGUUGAGGUUCUCACUAUAGUUUUUAAUCCUUUGCAGGUUAACAUUGAAGUUUGUUUUGUUGUGUUUUUUGUUCCAGCACUGUGUACUCCGCUUUUUUUUCCCCACCUCACCAAGGACUUCUGUAGAAACAGCUCACUGAUUUGGCUGUAGGAAUGCAAAUUUCUAAAAGUUAAAAAUUAUUAUACAAUAAGUGCUGCUUGGUGGACCAGAGUGAUUCGGAAAAAAAUGAAGUGAUCCCAGCAAAUCUGGCUUUAAUUUCGAGAGUAACUGCUACACAAAUUUACUAUCAGCAAGUGAGACCACAGACGAGCCACUGACUGUUCAAAUCAGAAAACGAGUCCCUAAUCAAGGUGGGAAUGUUCUUUAAUGGGGAGUGAUGAUCGUGACGAACCUGUGAGACAGUUUUGAUCCUGCGUUUAUAUUUCACUUCUCACUGGUUGUGACUGUUUCUUUUCCAGUAAAAUCCAAACUUUGAAACUGUUCUCCUUUCUAAAACGUCUUCCUCUCAAUAUAAACCAGAUCUGUAAAUACUGUAUCUUUGAGUCAUGUGUGUGGAUUGUGUUGUAUUGACUCAGGCUUGCAAGAGAAAAAAAAAAAAAAAGCAGUAAAAAAAAAGAGACGGUUAAUCCCAAAAAGGAGCCAUGUUGUUCUGUAUCAGCAUUCAUUUCUAGGCCUGCUUGUGAAUGAAUGUGUCACUCUGUUACGAAGCAAUACACACUACAGUAACUACACACAAAAAAACAAAUGCCAUCAUGCUUGGUAGAGGUUGCCGACAUUAGAUCUACUACUAGCACGCAGAAACAUGUUGGUCUGGUAUCACUGCCUCUACAAAUCCUGCUCAGUUUGGGCCAUAAAGAUGAGAGAAUAUGCUGUGGAUGUUUUUAUCUGUACUUUGUGGUAAGACAAUAAAAAGUUACUAUCAGUUAA